AUGGAUUGCACUCCUGAUUCUUCAGGCGAAGAUGACGACGGCCACCAGCAGCAUAGUCGUAAGCGCACCGGCGACGCCGCCACCGAAGCAGAUGACGGUUUCCGGAAGCCACCAAAGAAGAAGGUCUCGAAGCAGCCGCAGCGGCGGCCUGACACGGACGCGGUGCCAACGUCUAACCGCUACGACGUCAUCCAGGACGGCGCGGACGGCGUUCCACCGCCCCAGCAGCAACAGCAACAGCAGGGGGCGCAGCAGCAACCGUCCCAACCUCAGCUGCAGCGGAAGUGCAAACUGCCAAGGGGGGAGGGAAAAGAAAAGUGCGCCAAUUGCAGGGGAGCGCACCCAGCCAGCUACUUAGGAUGUCCUGAGUACAGAGCUGCAAGGGACAGGCAGAGGGGCAAAGCUAUCAAUAAAACCCCGAAUCACAAUAGGAGCAUGCCAGCACCCAGGCCACCCCCCCCACCACCCCAGAGAAGAAACCAGGACACAGUAAGAACACAGGUCUUCGCAUCUACCAAAUAUUCCCGUGCACUUACCGGUGACCCACCCGACCCGCCGAACCACCUACCACCACCACCACACACCAGCAAACAGGUUCCUCAAGCUGAUGGAAGCCCUAGGGAAGUCAGUCCACCACGCCAUCCACAAACCAGUCCGCGAGAAGCAGUCGAGUCUGCUGCAAUCCAGCAACUCGCGUCGUCCAUCCGACUGCUACAGGCACAGAUGACCCAGCUAGUGGGCAUUCUAGCAACAUUGACGCAGCUCCCCGCCGACCUCAGAUCGGCAGCACAGCAGUCGCCUGUAGCAGCGACAGCCACAGGAAAAAUUGUCCCCCACCAUGGAUAG